AUAAAAACUGCUUAAUACAUCAAAGAAAAAUUUAUAUAGCCCGCCGAUAUAUACUUGUUUAAGCACGUCUAUCGCUGACGUGUCAUAAGGUAAUACAUAUAUAUCUAUAUACUACCUGUAUCUAAUACUUAAUAAGAAGUUAUUCCAAACACAUAUUUACAUAACGAGCAUAACAUCUUCCCAAUAAUUUAUUAAUAUUUAGAGAAUGUUAUUAAAAAUUAUGUUUACUAAGUAUGUUUGGUUAUUACCAUUGUUUGCAUCUGUUUUAUUGUAUUCAAAUGAUUAUUUGAAUGAUGUUACAUUUAAUUUUCUGAGCAAGUGGUUAAAUGCUAUCAAAAAUGUUUACUCUGAUCUUAAUAGAAAAUUAAAUAUAGAGUCAAACAAGAAUGCAAAUCAGAAAGUAUUUACAUCAACUGAACUUAAGAAAUACACAAAUUUAAAAGAUGGUUUGUACAUUUCGAUAUUAGGUCAAGUUUUUGAUGUCACAAAAGGUGCAAAAUAUUAUGGUCCUGGUACAACUUAUCAUGCAUUCACUGGUCGUGAUGCAUCUUUAGCAUUUAUUACUGGAGAAUUUAAUGAUGACAGCUUAACAGAUGACAUUUCCUCAUUAUCUGUACAUCAAAUUCAGGCAUUAAAUGAUUGGGUUCAAUUUUAUAAUAAAAAUUAUAUUUAUAAAGGAAAAUUAAAUGGUAGAUAUUAUAAUGAAGAUGGUUCUCCAACUAAGGAAUCUUACAAUGUACAAAAAAUAUUAAUAAAUGCAAAAGAAAAGCAAUUUGAAGAAGUGCAUAAAAAAAGAAUGUUUCCUCCAUGUAAUAUAGAGUGGAAACCAGAUUCUGGAACUGUAGUAUGGUGUACUAAAAAAAGUGGAGGAAUAGAAAGAGAUUGGGUUGGUGUACCAAGAAUGUUAUUUGAAUCUCCAAAUUCUAAAGAAUAUAGAUGUGCUUGUGUAAAACUUAAUAGUAAAGAAUAUGAAGAAAUCAAAGGCAUGAUAAGAGAAUUUCCUCAAUGUCCAAAAACUUCAACAAAAUGUGCUGUGAAAACGGAAAACUAAUAAAACACAAAGACGUAUUAUAGUUGAUAAAUAUAUAAUUUCAAUAGUGA